AUGUCUAAUAAUUCUGAUAUAAAGGUUAUAGAUUUAACAGAUUUAAAUACAACCUUUGAUGAUAAUAUUAAUUAUGAUGAUAUACUUAAAGAUGAGUCUAUUACUAAUCAACCUAAAAGUAAGAAAAUCUGUAUUAAUACUCUACAAGAUUAUGUUAAUCUUAAAAAUUAUAUUAAAGUAGUAUUAUAUCAAUCUAUUAAUUAUUAUUGGAAAGUUCCAUAUAAGGAAGAAAUAUUGCAAUUAAAAGAUACUUAUCAAAAUAUGAAAAACCUAACUGAAGAAGAUUAA